UUGCUGUCGUAAACAACCUCUAUUCACUCUUUAUAAUUAUUUUAACAUCUCUUGCACUAUGGAUGUCGCACGCGAUGAUGUGGACAUCCCAAUAUCUGAGACGCGCCGUCGUCCUCGUCCAAAAUUGGCGAUAGCGCCCCUUUUAGGUUUGAUACUCCUAGUUAAUUUAUCGGCAAGUCUUUAUCAGUUACCACUGAACCGAAUUAUCGAGAGACGUCUCUGUCGGGAUUACUACAAAAUCCACGAUCCAUCCGUCAUCGACAACGAUGGAGAUAUCAAUGAGACGCUCUGCAAAAUUGAUGACGUCCAGAAGAGUUUGGCUUGGGUAGUAGGUAUUAUGGAAACAUUAUGGAUCGUUGGUGAUUUCGUUAUGACCAUUCCCUUGGGAUUUGUGGCCGAGAAAUAUGGCCGCAGAACGGUCCUUUGGCUUAAUAUCGUCCCGAGACUAUUUUUGCUUUCUUGGGUCCUCAUGGUCGGCUAUUUCGAAGAGAGUCUGCCUCUAAAAGCAAUUAUUGUUGGCCCGUGCCUCUCCGUUCUUGGCGGUAACUGCGUCCUGAAUUCUAUCGUUUAUGCUCUCGCAGCUAGUUUGACAGAUGACAACGUCGUUAGAGCAACUUAUUUCAGUUGGACAAAUGCGAUAUCAUACGUGGUAACGUUUGUUGGUCCUGGUCUUGCUGGUGCAACUAUGACUUUGAACCUCUUUCUUCCUUUAUUGAUAGGUAUCUGCCUCUUAUUGUUAGCCAUACCUACGAUAUCACUGCUUGCAGAUCCUACGCAUAACCCAUCAGCACCGGAAGAUGAGCAGCGUCGACCUCUCAUAUCAUCCCCGACUUUGAAGGCGCAAAAUUCCAAUAGCAGCAUAUUAAAGCCCAUCGUUAAACGUUUCCAUACUCUCCACUCUAUCAUCAGAAGUCAUCCUAGGAAUCUAAUCCUUCUACUUAUUAGCUUCUUCUUCACUUCCCUCGCAAGUUCCGAUACUACUCUUCUCGCUCAAUUUAUAUCAAAAAGAUAUCACUGGGAAUUUGCGUCGGCGGGGUACCUUUUAUCUGCUAAGGCUAUCGUAAACUUCACACUCCUCACAUUUGUUAUCCCGGGAAUUCUCAGGGCCAGAGGUACACAGGGACCGAAUCAACCCCCAACGCUGUCCGACUGGGAUAAUGUCCAGUACUCACGGAUUUGCUUGGUCAUCUCCGUAAUAGGUGCACUUGCUAUCGCGCUCUCAAUCACGCCUUCGCUUUUAUUUCCUUCUUUACUGCUAUAUUCUCUCGGAUCCGCGCUUCCGGUGUUCAACUUAGGCUUGUUGAAGUCCCCAUCGGUAGCACCUAAGGAUGAUAAUCGGCCAGCGGAUACGACAGAGCCAGAAACCCAUAUCUUCUCCAUCGUCAUGAUGGUAAAAAUCCUAGGUUCCUUGAUAGGUGCUCCAUUGAUGGCUGCAUUAUGGGUUAAAGGUAUCUCGACAGGCAUUUAUGGGAUACCUUAUUAUGUGAGCGCAUGUUUGUAUACAUGCGCAAGCGUUGUUUUCCUCGGAGUUAGAGUGCAACGAGGUCGGUGAUGUAGCGGAUGCACGGCACGGCAAUACAGAUCCGAAUAAUGUAUAAAUUUCUUGGUGGUGACCAAGAUUUAAUAGUUUCAUGACCCAUCCAUGGUAACGUGCGAUACAAGCUGACAUUGAUUCGUCUAUCCACUUCCCGUUUGUUGUGGGACGACUGUGACGCCAUCGACAUGAGGGGCUACCAAUGAAUAGUGCGACAGUGUUGGACUUGAAAAGAAUAGGGAUAGACUGAAUCUUCUCAAGUUUAGACUGUGAAGAACUGGGAAGAGCCUAAGUUGUCGGUAACUCCAAUCCAUAUGGCUAUUUCCAAAAUAAUCUUCACAAACUUUAGCUAGUGCGGCUAUGAUGUCAAUCUUCUGUCUUUGGGGAAACAGCAUUAUUAGUAGGUGUCGAUAGUAGGUGCUACAGGUAAAUUUGGAGCGCUGAAACAUCUCAUUCCUCAACAACAUUUCUUUGUCCACCUUAGCACAACAUCAAUAUCCGUUUCACUUGGUUUUCCUUCUGUGAGUACCUC